AUGGCACGGAACGGAAUUGAAAAACAGUUCAUGACUGGGCUAUGUUUUGGUAUCAUUGUUUACUACUUCUUGAUUCCAUCUCUCCAUGACAUCCGGAAACACUCUCGACAAGACGAAGGGAACAUGCGCAGUAACGAAAGGAAUGUAUUAGUCAAGAAAAAGUAUCCCAAAGAUGAUGAAUUCAAUGAUAUGGAAUUUAAAAACCUUGACGAGGACAAGGGUCAUCACCACGAUAUUUCAAUCGUCGCAGAUAAGCUGAAGGAAGAAAUUACAGUAUUGUGUGUGAUCAUGGCAAAAACAGCUGACAUUCCAAAGAAAUCAACAGCAAUCCACAAGACAUGGGCAAAGCGAUGCACACAAGUAGUGUAUCUCGCCCAUAAUGUCACCUCAUCCUACGAAUUGCCUGUUAUUUCAAUUACAUCGCCAGAAAAGUUAUCUUUCUAUCGAGAAAAAAUCAAAACCGUUCUUAGUUUAAUAAUGCGCAACUAUAUUAAACAGUUUGACUGGUUUCUCAUAGCCACUGACGAGACGUAUGUUAUCAUGGAGAAUCUGCGUUACUUUCUGUCCAGUAAAAACCCAAGCUCUCCGGUACUGUACGGUCGGGUAAACCCUCUGAAAGAUGUUACUUUUAAAAAGCCAUAUUUUCCAAGGCAGUUUAACAUGGAAAAUAUGGGAUUUGUGAUGAGCAAAGGUGCAAUAGAACGUGUGUCUGCCAUCGACUAUACAAAAAUAUCUUGUGGCGAGACUAUAACCGGAGAUGCCUAUACAGAUCUAUGUAUGAGUGUUGUUGGAGUCACAGCUGGAUCGACUAAGGAUUCAGAUGGACGGGAAAGGUUCAACUGCGUACCUCCAGAACACCUGGAUACUAUGUAUUUCCCAGAGAAUCAGGAAGUAGGAUCGACAGGCAAAGUAACCGUAAGUGACUAUGCUAUAUCGUUUUGUAUGGUGAAUGCCCCUAAACAGCUCGGACUAGAAUACCACACUUAUCACCUUCACGCCUACGGAGUGGACAAACUACACAUGUACUGA